UAAAAAAUUUCAUAAGGUUAAAGAGCAUGAUUGGGUUCAUGGGCCUAACGGCGCCUACACGUUAUUUAUAGACAGAAAGUCUUUCCGUCGCACACCAGCUCCCCAACAAUUUCCUUACGUGUCACUAUCUGAUUGGUUAUUAUCACGUGGCGUCAGUUCUAAUUGGAGCAAACAAGUCGAUGGCAGUAUUACGCAGCUCUAUAAAAACAAAGUAACACCACCGGAACUCAGAGCAUUCGAGAUUGAGAUUUAGAUCCACCAAAUCACAGGGAAGGAGAGAUGGCGGUCUCUCUACGUUUAGCCUUUUUAGUGUUCGUAGCUUUUGUUUCCUUUCAGUUGAUUUCCGCUUCUGAUGAUGCAAAGAUCCUCUACGAGUCCUUUAAUGAGCCAUUUGAAGGGCGUUGGAUCGUAUCUGACAAAUCAGACUACCAAGGUGUAUGGAAACACUCAAAGAGUGAAGGUCAUGAUGAAUAUGGCCUUCUUGUGAGUGAGCCAGCAAGGAAGUAUGCAAUUGUGAAGGAGCUUGAUGAGCCCUUGUCUCUCAAGGAUGGAACUGUUGUCCUCCAGUAUGAGGUUCGCCUUCAGAAUGGGCUUGAAUGUGGCGGUGCAUACCUGAAAUACCUGCGACCCCAGGAGGCUGGUUGGAAUCCUAAAGAGUUUGACAAUGAAUCUCCUUAUACUAUUAUGUUUGGACCAGAUAAAUGUGGUGCCACUAACAAGGUUCACUUUAUCUUUAAGCAUAAGAAUCCCAAGAGUGGACAGUAUGUUGAACACCAUCUCAAGUUCCCACCAUCUGUCCCAUCAGACAAACUUACUCAUGUGUUCACUGCCAUCCUGAAACCCAAUAAUGAGUUGCAAAUUUUGAUCGAUGGAGAGGAGAAGAAGAAAGCAAAUUUCCUGUCAUCUGAAGAUUUUGAGCCCCCACUUAUUCCCGCAAAGACAAUUCCUGAUCCUGAUGACAGGAAGCCUGAGGAUUGGGAUGAGAGAGCUAAAAUCCCAGAUGCCAGUGCAGUUAAGCCAGAUGAUUGGGAUGAAAAUGCACCAAUGGAAAUCGAAGAUGAAGAUGCUGUGAAACCAGAAGGAUGGCUAGAUGAUGAGCCUGAGGAGAUUGAUGAUCCAGAGGCAACAAAACCGGAAGAUUGGGAUGAUGAGGAGGAUGGUGAAUGGGAGGCCCCAAAGAUUGAUAACCCUAAGUGUGAGACAGCCCCUGGAUGUGGUGAAUGGAAGAGGCCAAUGAAGAAGAAUCCUGCUUACAAGGGUAAAUGGCAUGCCCCACUUAUUGACAACCCCGAUUUCAAGGGUAUUUGGAAGCCACAAGAGAUUCCAAAUCCUGACUACUUUGAGCUUUCUAAACCUGACUUUGAGCCUAUUGCUGCUACUGGCAUUGAGAUUUGGACCAUGCAAGAUGGUAUUUUAUUUGGCAAUAUUCUCAUAGCAAAGGAUGAGAAGGUUGCAGAGUCUUACCGGGAGAGCACGUGGAAGCCAAAGUAUAAUGCUGAGAAAGAGAAACAGAAGGCUGAGGAAGCAGCUGCUGGUUCACAUGAUCUUGCAGGCUUUCAGAAGAAGGUAUUUGAUCUGCUGUACAAGAUUGCAAACAUUCCUUUCUUGGAUGCAUAUAAACAUAAGAUUCUUGGUGUCAUUGAAAAGGGAGAGGAACAACCAAACCUCACCAUUGGUAUUCUUGCUUCGGUUGUGGUGGUUUUCAUCACAGUUCUAUUGAAGAUUAUUUUCGGUGGGAAGAAGGCAAGAGUGGAGCCUACACCCCAACCCACAGCAGCUGCUGAGAGUUCCAACCAAGAAGAAAGCAGUAGUGGUAAAAAGGAAGAAGAAAGUGACAAGGAAGAGACUGGUGCUCCAGUUCGCAAGAGGCAUACCCGUCGUGAAAAUUAAAUAGAUGCAGGUGUUUGUUUACUAGAAUCACUCUUGAUAGUUUUAUCAGGUGGCUGGACAAUGGGUUUUUUGCAAUAUCAUUUUAGCUCAGCUUCGAAAACACUAAAAUGUACGAAGAUUGAAGAGUGUAAAUUGGAUGGUUCAUCCUGAGAGGGUUGAUUUUGUCCCAAUGGGGGAUUUCAUGUUAUUUUAGUUUUAAAGAUAUCAAAACGUCUUUGGUUUAAUAUCAUUCAUUUUGUUCUGAUACGAUCAUUUAUAUAUGAUAAUGUUAUUUGGCCCAAA